AUGAAUACAGCCAUGGAAAUUGACUGGCAAGAAGACGACCACGACAGGACCGCCAACAACAGCAAUACCACUGCAGCAACAGCAUCGUCUGCAGAACCAGAAACGUUUGUGUACAAGAGCCAACCAACCGAUCAAAUCCCACGAGAUACAGUGACGCAUCUUAUUAUCGACAAGUCGGUGAAAACUAUUGAAGAUCAUGCCUUUGAAGGGUGUCCUUUGUUGGUAAAUGUGGUGUUCAAUCAAGGGUUGCAGGUUAUUGGCAAGGCUGCCUUUAACAGGUGUUCCAAUUUAAAGGAAGUCAUCGUUUCCAUGCCAUUGAUAUCAUUGAAAAAGAUUGGAAAUUUUGCCUUUUUUUAUUGCAGAUCAUUGGUUGCAGUUCCAGCGGAUCUUCUGCGUCAUGUCAAAGAGAUUGGAUCUGGGGCAUUUGAAUAUUGCGAUUCACUGGUGGACCUACAUCUUCCGGAAGGCCUUCUCUCUAUAAGUGACUCUCUGUUUCGCUUAUGCACUGCUCUUCGCCAAAUCAUCAUCCCUAGCACAGUGGUGGUGAUUGGCAAAAAGUCUUUUUACGGAUGUAAAUUACUCGAGACUGUGACAUUAUCCAACAACAGUAAAUUGGAAAUUAUUGGCAACGGAGCCUUUCAAAGCUGUCAAUCGCUACAAGAAUUAUUAGCACUACCACCCACACUCGUCAGCAUUGGCAAUGUAGCAUUCUGCCAAUCUUCGAUCGCUCACAUACAGCUUCCGGAAGGCCUCCUUAUUCUUGGCGCAUCGGCAUUUGCUUUGUGCCGAACACUUGGUUGGAUCUCAAUCCCCAGCACGCUCCGCACGAUUGCAUCGGGAUCCUUUGAGGGUUGCUCUUCUUUGGUGGAGGUCCAUUUUAAGGAAGGCCUCCAAAGGAUUGGGCAGAGGGCAUUUGCGAAAUGUCCAAGAAUCAGUGCCAUUGCCUUGCCACAGUCGCUUUGUUUCAUGGAAGACGGGGCAUUUUCCGACUGUGACAGUCUCCUUGGUGUGGAACUGCCAAUUCUGCAUACCGCUUUGCAGAUGGCAUUACCACCAACAAGUAUUGGUAAUGUUCCAAUGCUGCAACGAAGGUCGUGUUUUGCCGAUUGCAACAAUUUGGUGAACGUUUGCAUUCCAAUCAACAUGAACCAUUCGGCAGAGGAUGCCUUUUCGGACUGUGACAAGCUCCUCUUGGACCAGAAUCAGCACCAUCAUAUUGAUGCCCAACAGAUAGUAUCAUUAGCGUUACAACCAAGUGAGAAAUUGAGAAGGCGAUUUGUGAAUUUGCCAAUUCAUGAAGUCUGUUAUUACGCAUCCACCAUGACGGUGGACGAUUUGUCUCUGGCACUAGAAGCAUCAUCACCAUUUUCUUCUUCAGAAGCCUUAUUGACAGAUCCCUUCGGCAUGACUCCUCUUCACAUUGUUUCGACUUCUACAAGGCUUCGGGGUGACAUGAUGAGAAUCUUGCUGUAUCAUCUACCUGUGAACUGUCUUUGGACCAAAGACAAGCAUGGGCGGACGGUCAUGGACUACUUGUUAUUUCACAAUUCGAAACGAGCUGUUCCAUUGAUCAAGAUGGUACUCCAAAAAGCAAUCAAACACGAGCUGAACGAUUGGGGUAUCGACGAACGGUGGAUGUCGGACUUUUGUCGCUGUGUAGAGGAGAUUCCGUGUGACUACGAUGUCAAAGACAGCCGGCAGCAUGUAGAUUCAUUGAUUGGGCGAUUAACACAGUAUCUGAGAAUAGAAGUGACAUCAAUUGUCGAGCUGGCUGUAUGGAAAGGGGCCAUCGUCCUCUGUGACAAAGAGCAAGAGAAAGACCAAGCCCAUCAACAUCGAACCGGAUGCCGAAUGCGAUGUGGAUCAAAUAUUGUGCUUGGAAAUGUGAUCGAGUAUCUUUGGGACAAUGAAUCUGAAACCUCGCUGAGCUCUUCGUUUGUCCCAUUGUCCUCCUCCCUCUAUGAUGACGAAAGGAUCAUCGCUAUGACCGAGCUCGUUGAAGAAAUGAGGCACGACUAUUGA